GUGAGCCUGCGAGUGUCAGGAAGAGGGAAAGAAGAGUGAGUGACAGCACACAGAGGCCAACUUUGAAGGUAUACUUCCUCUUGCAAAAGAAGACAUUUGGAAUACUCCCUUGUUUUUAUCUUGAAUUAUCUGUAAAGAUGAGCUGCACUGCCUCACACAGUGUGACCGCCAUUCUCAGUCAAGCAGAGAUGGAGGAGGGUUCAGGUCAGAGGAGAGACAGCAGAGCCUUCCAGAUCUUCCCAGAAGCCGCCAUGAGCGACGACUCAGACUCCUACCCUGACGAUUUCCUCUACAGGAGGGAACGACUCCCCUCUAUUGUCGUGGAGCCCACGGCGCUCAGUGACUCAGAGAGCGAGAGUGAGAACAGCAACGCCGACCACAGCGAGGCCUCUCUGGACGGAGAGCAGCCUGACGACAGCAGGGCGGAUGAAGGCUCCGUUGCCAGGAAAUCUUCUAUUGGUCCAUCGCAGAGUCAGCUGUCUCUCUCCCGGCUGAACCCGCCGGCCUGUCUCACCCGCCACGAGGCUGCCCCACCUUGUGUGAAGACUUGAACCAGCGUGAGCAAUAAUUGGGAAGGUUGAGUCAAGCAAAGAUGAAGGGAGUCACUAAUAUGGAGCUAAUCUGAUGCUACGUUUAGUUCAGUCAAAUAAUCUGUGGUGGCCUGCUGCACUCUGUGGACUGAAGGUUCAGCAGCAGCAGCAGCAGUAGUCUCUUCUUUUCAGGGUACAUUUCAUUCUAUAGAGACACUACUUUCAUUCCACAGCAAACAAGCAUAUGAUGCAUGACUAUCAGGGCCAGUUUACUAAAGCAUUAAAGCCUGGCCUGAACCCAAAAACUGUCUGUUAUGGCUGUUACCGUAGCAAUGAGAGCUGCAUGAACUGUGUCACGGAAUAACUCAUUCAUCACAUUAGUGGACCAACCAUAUGUGGUACAGCUCUAUUAUUUUCCUAAACGACUACACAGUAUGUUGAGUGAGCAGUUCCGAGGUCUUUGGACCCCGUUUGUGCCAGCAAUGACUCGUGUAAUCUAUCUUGCCAAAUAAAUAAAUAAAUAAAAAAAAGGAAUUUAGAGGAAGUUGGGGGAAGCUACAGCUCAAAAUUAAAACCCUAAUCAACUGUUUCUGGGACUGUUAUCUUACUGUUAUCUUACACACACGCACAUGUCCUCGAUACCUGGCCAGUUUGUGCCACAAUAAAGUUGUUUUUAUUUCCA